CUAAUAUUUGUCGGCGCAGGGCUCUGCCGGAACGGAGUUUACAAAAAAUCUUUAUUUGCUAAAAAAAGUGUUUUCUUUUCCUUAAGUAGAAAAGUGUAUUUGUUUUAAGGAAAAUAAAUUAUAAAAUUGAAAAAUGAGUAAUUAUCGAGGAAUAGGGGGCGGUGGAUUUCCAUACAAAUCCAACUCUAAUCGUGGAGGUGCUUCUAUGAAUGCAGUACCACCACCUUCAUCACUAAAUCAUCGUGGAUAUCAAAAGGGCAAAAUAAAGGAUAAUACAAGUGCGGCUGGUACCUCGAAAUAUGGUUACUCCACCUUAGAGUCUAUAAGUCAAUUUUCCAACUCACAAAAUUACAUAGGAAAACGUAAGGCCUGCACAGAGGAUGACUACUUUGAUGAUGAUGACGAACCGGCACCUCAACAACAGGCUUACCAACCGGCACCGGGUUCUCCCGGCUAUCAAAAGAACAAACAGCAGGAAAGUGAUUCAGAUGAAGAUCCUCUGGAUCAAUUUAUGGCUGGUAUAGAACAACAGGUGGAAAAGGAAAAAGUACGUAAAGAUAGCAGUGUGGCAGCAGUUGCUGGUAUGGGUUCUAGUCAAUCCAAGGGUGUGAGAGGUGAUAUCGACGAAGAAGAUGAUGAAGAAAGUUACUAUCGUUAUAUGGAAGAAAAUCCUCAAGCUGGCUUAAGAGAUGAUGGUUCUGAUGUUGAAAUUGAAUAUGAUGAAGAUGGCAAUCCCAUAGCUCCACCAAAAAAUAAAAACAUUGAUCCUCUUCCUCCCAUAUACCAUUCCGAAAUCGAAUAUGAAAGUUUUGAGAAAAAUUUCUAUACUCCUCAUGAAGACAUAGCCAAUUUGGACGAGGAACAAGUUAGAGAUUUGCGCAAAACAUUAGGUGUUAAGGUGACAGGCCCAGAACCGCCUAAGCCGGUAACCUCAUUUGGACAUUUUGGCUUUGAUGAGCCACUGAUGAAGGCCAUACGUAAAGCUGAAUAUACCCAGCCUACUUCUAUACAGGCGCAAGCCAUACCAGCUGCUUUGGCCGGUAGAGAUCUUAUAGGUAUUGCCAAAACGGGUUCUGGUAAAACGGCUGCAUUUAUUUGGCCCAUGUUGGUACACAUAAUGGAUCAACGUGAACUUAAGCCAGGCGAUGGACCGAUUGGUUUGAUUUUAGCUCCCACUCGUGAAUUAUCCUUGCAAAUCUAUAACGAAGCUAAGAAAUUUGGUAAGGUGUAUAAUAUCAAUGUAGUUUGCUGUUACGGCGGUGGCUCUAAAUGGGAACAGAGUAAGGCAUUAGAGCAAGGAGCUGAAAUUGUAGUAGCCACACCAGGUCGUAUGAUAGACAUGGUUAAAAUGAAAGCCACAAAUCUGAGGAGAGUUACAUUUUUGGUUUUGGAUGAAGCAGAUCGCAUGUUUCAUAUGGGAUUUGAGCCUCAGGUUCGUUCAAUUUGCAAUCACGUCAGACCAGAUCGUCAAACUCUACUCUUUUCGGCUACUUUUAAGAAACGCAUUGAACGCUUGGCUCGUGAUGUCCUAACCGAUCCUGUGCGCAUUGUCCAAGGCGAUCUCAAUGAGGCCAAUCAAGACAUUACACAAUAUGUAUACGUUUUUCCAAAUCCGAUGCAAAAAUGGAAUUGGUUGCUAUUAAAUCUUGUACGUUUUCUUUCCGAAGGAAGUGUUUUGAUUUUUGUCACCAAAAAAGCAGACGCCGAAUCGGUGGCCAAUAAUUUGCUAGUUAAAGAGUACAAUUGUCUGCUGCUACAUGGUGACAUGGAUCAGGCAGAUCGUAAUAAAGUCAUAACACAAUUUAAACGUAAGGAAUGCGAUAUUCUAGUGGCCACCGAUGUUGCAGCUCGUGGUUUAGAUAUACCCCAUAUUAAGAAUGUUGUUAACUACGAUAUAGCUCGAGAUAUUGAUACACAUACCCAUCGUAUUGGUCGUACCGGUAGAGCGGGUGAAAAGGGUACAGCCCAUACACUGGUAACAGAAAAAGAUAAAGAAUUUGCUGGUCAUUUGGUGCGCAAUUUGGAGGGUGCCGAUCAACAAGUGCCCGAUGAUUUAAUGGAUUUGGCCAUGAAAAGUUCUUGGUUCCGCAGCUCACGCUUUAAGCAGGGCAAAGGCAAAAAGCCCACUGGUAGCCAUACAGGUUUAGGUUAUCGUGAACGCUCUGGCUUUGGCUCGAAAUCAUCGUCUUCUUCCUCAUCCGCAAACUCUAAUGAUUUUAGUUCUAGUUCAAGCUAUACUUCUACCAGCAAAUCUUUGUCUUCAGCUGGUCCGGCCACAGAUCGCUAUGCAGCCAUGCGUGAAGCUUUUCGUUCACAAUAUCAAUCACAAUUUAAACCUUCAACAGAUCGUACUUGGGAGGAAACUGUUCCUGAAAGUGGAGUAUUUGCAGCACCCGCACCACCUCCGCCUUCUUUAAUGAAUAACGCCAAUAGUAAUGCUCAAGGGGAAAAACGUAAAACUAAGAAAAGUCGUUGGAACUGAGUGUAAAACAACGAAUUUAUAUGCUUAAAUAAUCGAUUGCUUUGAGAGAGGGAGACAGAAAGAAAAAUAAGAACAACUUGGAAUGUUCAUUUAUAUAUAGUGCUAGUAUUUAAACUGAUUAAUAACAAUUAUUAUAGUAUAUAUAUAACAUUUUUGUAAUGUUUAUUAUUGCAUUAAGUCUUACGUUCUGAUCGAUGAAUGAAAAAUUAAAAUCUUCAAAAAUA